GCAGCGGCGGGCGGUGUCACGCUGGGCCGGCCCGGAGCCCGUGCUGGCGGCGCCCGGUGCCUGCGGCCGCCGCCCGCCUCAGCCCCUCCCUGCCCUGCGGAUGUGGAGCCGGCACCGGCGCAAGCUCUCAUGAGAUGGCGGGAAAAACGAAAGAGAUGGUGGAAAGCUGGUCUUUCUUGGAUACUGCUGAGUCUAACUUCAGGCCCCUGGUAGUAAUUGAACUUGCAAAAGGCACCAAAGAAGAAACCAUAGAAUGGUUCACUAAACGAAUUGUGGACAAAAAGGCAAAUGGAGGUGCACAACUACUGAUUAAACCACUGGUUACAGAAAAUGGAGUUGAAAAUAUUUAUUUAGUUGGAGCUUCCCACUUAAGGCUGUUGCUGGGAGCUGAAGCUGUAGGUUUGGUGAAGGAAUGCAGUGAUAACUCAAUGAGAACUUUUACAUACAGCAGUAGAAAAACUUUCAAACAUUUUGCAGAUGACAAUCACAAUUUCCUUACAAUGGCAGAAUGUCAGUACAUCAUCAAACAUGAACUUGAAAAUUUGAGAGCCAAAGAUGAAAAAAUGAUCCCUGGAUAUCCUCAGGCAAAACUGUACCCAGGAAAAUCAAUUGUUAGAAGAUUAUUGACCAGUGGUGUUCUUGUUCAAAUUUUCCCUCUGCAUGAUAGAGAAGAGUUGAAAAAGCUUUCUCACAGCUGGUAUGGCCGAGUGAAAAUUGGUUAUCAACCUUUAGAUGACAUACGUUGCUACUUUGGCGAAACCAUUGCUCUCUACUUUGGCUUCUUAGAAUACUUCACAUUUGCUUUGAUUCCAAUGGCUGUCAUUGGGAUUCCCUAUUACAUGUUUGCGUGGGAAGACUACGACAAAUACGUGAUGUUUGCCACGUUCAAUCUGCUGUGGUCCACUGUGAUACUGGAGGUCUGGAAGCGGAUGUGCGCCAUCCUGACGUACCGCUGGGGCACGCUGCUGAUGAAACGACAGUUUGAGGAGCCAAGACCAGGCUUCCACGGUGUGCUGGGGAUCAAUCCUGUCACCGGGAGGGAGGAGCCGAUGUACUCAAGUAUUAAGAGACAAUUACGGAUUUACCUGGUGUCCUUACCCUUUGUGUGCCUUUGCCUCUACUUCUCACUGUACGUGAUGAUGAUUUACUUUGACUUGGAGCAGUGGGCUCUGGAUUAUCACAAAGAGAACGAGUCUAACUUCAGCAGCUUGAUGCUGUACGUGCCCAGUAUCAUCUAUGCUGUUGUGAUUGAAAUUAUGAACCUAAUCUAUCGGUAUGCCGCCGAAUUCUUAACAUCUUGGGAAAACCACAGGCUGGAAUCUUCAUAUCAGAAUCAUUUAAUUCUGAAGGUUUUAGUGUUCAACUUCUUAAAUUGUUUUGCAUCUCUAUUCUACAUUGCCUUUGUGAUGUUUGAUAUGAAGCUUUUGAGGCAGAGCUUGGCCACUUUGCUGAUAACUUCACAGAUCCUCAACCAAUUUGCAGAAUCCUUGCUUCCUUACUGGCUCCAGAAGAGAUACAACAGGAGGAUGAAGAAACGCGUGUGCUCCAAGAAAACCGAUAUGGACCUGUCAUUAGCUGAUCAGGUCAACGUGGAGAAAGAAAUGGGAACUUAUUUGGGUACUUUUGAUGAUUACCUGGAGUUGUUCCUACAGUUUGGCUAUGUGAGUCUUUUCUCAUGUGUUUAUCCACUGGCAGCUGUUUUUGCAGUGUUAAACAACAUCACAGAGAUAUACUCUGAUGCCUUAAAGAUGUGCAGAGUUUACAAGCGUCCAUUUGCAGAACCCACAGCGAAUAUUGGUGUUUGGCAGUUGGCCUUUGAAACUAUGAGUGUAAUAUCAGUUGUUACUAAUUGUAUACUGAUUGGAAUGUCUCCAGAAGUGGAUGCCCUUUUCCCAGACUCGAAAAUGGACCUUGUUCUGACUGUGGCACUGGUAGAGCACUUGCUACUAGCAGUAAAGUUUAUCAUGGCGUUUGUAAUUCCUGAUAAACCAAGAGAUAUCCAGAUGAAACUCGCUAAAUUGGAAUUUGAAUCUUUAGAGGCUCUCAAACAACAGGUCACCGGCUGCUCUUCCAAAACUCACUGCCACCCGCCUGAAACCGGCCUGGAAACGCACUCUUGGAAAAUGGACUUCUCUGUUAUUUCUGCAGCAGUGGCAGCUUGAUUGCAUGAGACACACAUAUUAAAAUAUUCAAAAGUUAUACAGUGAUUUUUGAGAAGAAGAGAAUCGAGUGUCCAUGAGAAAUUAAUUUUUUUUUUUAACUGAGUGUCAGUAUAAAAGAGGCAAUCACAUACAGCAACUUGUAUUGCAGUGGAACAUAUUUCAGUACUAUGAAGUGGUGGGGAGUUCUUAGGCCCUGCAGAAAGGGCCUGCUCUUUAUAUGCAGUCUGAAUAAGCAUUUCUUUGCAUUUCCAAAAAGGAAUUGCAGCUCAGCAUUUUUUUGUUUUUGCUAUUUAUUUUGUUAUUGCUGGUGAAAUCUUCUGCAGAUUUAACUUCAGUUCUCCUGCAAAUAGAAGCAUGGAUAUUUCUCAUGGGGCAAUAUCUGCUGAGGCUUCUUUAAUCCAUCGCAGUUUAAGAUCAAAAUCAAAAGGUGCUUGAUGGUGAGCCUUUUCCACCCUCUGCAGUACAUUUUAACGGUAGCAGUAAGAGCUCAAUUCUUCAUGCUUCGGUCAGAUAGCUACAGCUCCUUCCUGACAGUGUGCCAGAUUUAAUUUAUAUUACAAGUUAAAUGGUUGAAAUCACUGUAGUAACUGUGAUUUCAGUAACAGAUAACAGAUGAGAACUCUAUAAGACAUUCUCUUCUUAAGUUAUUGGGAAACUGAAUUCAGCUUUCCAAUGGAGUAUUCUUUUUCAUUCUUCAGUCUCCUCUCAAAAACUCGCUCGGAGGUGGGAAAGGCAGCACAAUGCCUUCGUGCAGAUGGCAUGGAGUUUUUGCAAGGAGCUCCUUCUCAUCCAGAUGUUGUCUAACACAGAUCACGUGUCCAGAGCCAAAUGCUGACAGAGUGCUGUAAUGGUCACUGUUCAAACAAAACAGGAGCAAUAUUAGUUUCACUCUGUCCAGAAGCAGUUUGCUUUGGUUGUGGGUCAGCAUGAAGGUGAAGCCUCUGUACCUGACCAACACUGAACUAAAUUGAACACAUUUUUCAUUAGAGACUACUAAUACCUGAGUCCAGCCUGUAGCCCAGUUACCUCUUUUGCCUGAUGGUGCUUCUCAGAACUGCAAUUGGGUUUUGUGUUCAUACCCAGUAUUGCUGCCUCUGGCGUGUUAUGGUGCUGUUGGUGCAAUUCACUGCCAGAGUGAGAGGCAGUUCAGUUGUAUGUCAGACCUUCCCCCCCAGCCUCCUGCAGAAAGCUUUCUGCUAUUUCAGUCUCUUGGCUGGUCCUACAGUAAUCUCAGUUUUCCGUGAACUCUACAAAGAGACAUUUGGCAGAAGUUACUGUAGCCUGUUUUCCUUCUUCAGUGCCAUGAAACACAUUUUGUCACCUCACAGUUGCUGGGAUCUCAAUGUCUAGUUUGUGAAUAAGUGCUUUUUGCAUUGUUAGUACAAACUGAGUUUUGUGUCUUUUCCUUGAUGAAGUUCUCUGUCCUUAUUUCCCGUGUCUAGGAGGAUUGCCCCAUGAAGCCAUACUGCAAUUCCUGUUCUGUUUAAGUGGAACAUUUCACACAAACAUCCUGUCCACUUGCAAGUCACUAGUCACUGGCAGCAGGAUCUCCGCAGGCAGUUUUUAUGUAAUGAAAUUAUAUAAUACAAUUAUUUACAUGUGGAGAUAUGUAUAUGCAAUCUGUAUAGCCUGUGUUGAUCAUGCUGCACUGUAAUUUUUUUGGCCAGAGCAGAGUUUAUAUCUUACUGGUUUCUUAUCUAUAAAGAAAUGGGGAACUGGUUGUUUCUUCUCCAGUUGGGAUUUCAGGACUGGCUGUCCACAACAAUCAUGUGUGUCAAGUGUAUCAGCAGAAAAUCCAUACAAUAUAACCUAAAGAACCACUUAAGGUAAAAUUGUGGUUUUUUACCAUUGAGUCUUUAUGUAAAAAAGGGGCAAACAAGUUAGCUCAUUGCUCUUGCAACAAGUUAGUUCUGUACAUCAAUCUGCAGCUGGAUGGUUACUGUUAUCUGACAAAGUGUCCCUGAGUAUGAAAUAAAUGUGGUUUACAGAA